GACGACGGACUUGCUCUCAUCUGUUUGUUUGCACUCUGACUGAGGAACGAGCAGCUAAAUUCUACGAAAAUUCGCCAAUUUCAAAUCAUUGCGAUUUGAAAAGUCGGCGUCUUUUUCGUCUCUAAGUAAAUAACCUUGCAUUGACCAGUUUGGUGCUGAUUUAUAUGGAAAACUUUUAAUGCCACUACUAAUGGGAGAUUCUGCUGAUUUCGAGGAACCUUCGCUUUGGCUAAAUGAAGAAUCCGACAAAGUCGUUUUCAUGGAGCAGCAAGUCGAGCAGCAGAUCGGCCGGUGAGGACAGAGAGGCGAAGCGGAGCAAGCGCAGCACGGAGGUGGUCGGCAUGGCACAGUCGUCGGCCAACACGGUCGCUGCGUCCGGAUCAUCUUCCAACGCCGACCUGGUCAGCCUUUUCGAGUGUCCCGUAUGCUUUGACCAUGUGCUGCCGCCGAUCCAGCAGUGCCAGAGUGGACACCUCGUGUGCGCCUCGUGCAGGCCCAAACUCUCCUGCUGCCCCACUUGCAGGGGGCCAUUAGGAAACAUUAGAAACCUGGCGAUGGAGCGUGUUGCCAUGACUGUAAUGUUCCCCUGCAAGUAUGCCUCAAUGGGAUGUGAGCUCACACUGUCCCACACAGAUAAAGUUGAGCACGAAGACAGCUGUGACUUCCGGCCCUACGUUUGCCCUUGCCCUGGCGCUGUGUGCAAGUGGGGCGGUCCUCUAGAGAACGUCAUGGCGCACCUAAUGUCAGCCCACAAAUCUAUAACCACAUUACAAGGUGAGGACAUAGUGUUUUUAGCCACAGACAUCAACCUACCAGGGGCAGUUGAUUGGGUUAUGAUGCAGUCAUGUUUUGGCCAUCACUUCAUGCUCAUUCUUGAAAAGCAAGAGAAGUACGAAGGGCACCCGCAGUUUUUUGCUGUUGUACAAAUCAUUGGAUCUAGGAAGCAGGCUGAAAAUUUUGCCUACAGAUUGGAGCUGAACGGCAUGCGACGGCGCUUGACCUACGAAGCCACCCCUCGCUCGAUCCACGAAGGUGUGUCCACUGCCAUUCACAACUCUGACUGCCUUGUUUUCGACCCCAGCAUCGCACAGCUCUUCUCGGACAACGGCAACCUCGGCAUCAACGUCACUAUUUCCACCGUUUCCAACCUCUAGGUCUGCAGAUAAUUCAUUUUUUGUUUUAACCGCGCGCGACUAGCCUUGUACUAAUUAAAAAGCGUUUUUGCACAGACGCCAAUUCUGGAUCGACUGCGACUCAUUGUUUAAUUUAGUCAUAUGUGCCAGUGAGUUCAUAAAAGGUUGCCCGACAAUGAGUUUAAUGGGCAGAUCUCUUACUCGCUAUAAUUUCACACGCCUUGAGGAUAUGUGUAUGAAUGUGUUCUGCAACCAUUGCUGUUACUUUCAGCUGUACGUUUAUUUACAUUUAUAUUAUCAGUGAGAAUUUCGCUUUUGGCAAAUUGGUUUCAAGUAGAGCAAUCAAUUGAAAAGUAAUUUUGACGUCGGCAACAAUCAUUUUGCCCAUCUUCUGCAAUCGACUUUGCUCUUUUUGUUGUGAGAACGGUGCAUAACAUUUAAUAUUUGAACUUCUAGCUGUAGAUGACUAGGGAAAUUAAAAGUUCAGGAGCGUUAAAUAAAUUCGCACUUUUAUUCACUCA